AACAGAUGGGUGUACCGGCUCCGACUAUUUGUCUGUUGCUAGGGAAACUUAGUCUCUGCUUUGUGAUCCCACAGAUCUGCAAUCCUUUUCACAGCUCUCAACUACUAAGUGACAAGCACAAACAUGCUGGACAUGGCCUCAGAUGCUGUAGAUGACCUGUAUGAUGGAUGCCGUGAAGAGGCCAUGGAGAAGUUUAUCAAUCUAGGCCUCUUAGAAAAAGAGCUAAACGGCAGUGAGGGAUUCUGGAAGGCAUGGAGUGCAAAUACCCAGUGUUCAAAGCUGAUCCCUGGAGGAACAAAAGAACAUACUGCUGCACUUUUGGCAUAUGCUAGCGAUGCAGAUUUUGCAAAGACCUUUGACGAUGCAGUUGAGACAAUGGGCGGAAAUGUUAGCACCUAUGAAAACCACUUCCAAUUCAAGUCCCUUCACUUCCUGCUCAUGGAUUCAAUGUUGCUGCAGAAUCCAAAGAAAGACUACGAGACUGUAUAUGUUCUCCAAGAAGAAUACACAGCACAAAAGGGCUCAAAGGUGAGAUUUGGAAGGUUCACCAAAGUUCACACAAGCUCUAGACUGCUUAGGAAAAUGUACGAUUGGGAUGCGAAAGUCUUCCUUAAUAUCACUUCUUGUAUCUUUUUCAACCUGGGAGACGAUAUUUGCAGUGAUGAACAGGAUAUGGCCCUAUUAUCUCCAGCUGAAGUGUUUACUGUGGAGGCAGUAAAUCAAAUAUAUGACGAGAUAAAUGACGCUGAAUACACUGUGAUCGUUUUGAAACACUCGCAACAGGACAGCUCGCACAACUGUUACAGUUUUUCUCGCUUGGCAACACUUUGA